AUGGCAAAAGAAGAACCUAUACAACCAAAAUGGGAAAGCCGAGCUUCUGCCGAGCUCAAAGGCUCAAAAGCACAAGAUGUUUGGCCUCUCGUGGCCGACUUCUGCAACAUAGACAAGUGGUUCCCCAACCUCCACACUUGUUACCAAGUCGAAGGAGUUUCCGGCCAACCUGGUCUUGUUCGGUACUGCGAAAUGGGGAGAGACGAGACUACCUUGUGGGCAAAAGAGAAGCUACUCAUGAUCGAUCCAACCAACCAAUCUAUCACCUACGAAGUCGGUGACAACAACUUGGGUCUCAAGUCAUAUGUUGCAACAAUGCAAGUAGUCCCCAUCAACAACAACAAUGGAUGCAAGAUCGUGUGGUCGUAUAGUUGUAAUCCGAUUGAGGGCUCGAGCUUGGAAGAAUUCCAAUCCUUCGUUGAGUAUUCCCUCCAAGGGAUAGCAAACAAGAUGGAGCUUGCUCUUGUGUCUAAUACCACAACUAGCAUGGGUGAUGAACCUCGACCUUCAUGUAAUAGUAGUAACUAG